AUGGCGAAGAAGAAGAGGGCCGUCCGAAAGCCAGCAUCAACACCACUCGAGUCGACAUCGAUAGCUUCAGAGCACUCUCCGGUUGGUGAGGAGGAACCGGUGGAGGAGAUUUACCAUGAACCUUGUGCAGAUCUGGGAUAUGAGGAAGAAAUCGCUCCGACCACUGAGAAGAGCAUUGGUUCGAUACCAAGAAACUGGGCGGAGGAAGUUGAGAAGGCCGACUUUCAGGCGACUGCGGCAGAUUUAUGGAGCAAAUUUCCAACGGACCAGGUAUUAACUCCUUCCACUAGACUUGAAUAUACUGAACCCAUCAAAGUGGGGGAUCAAAUUGUGGCUAAAAUUGAUAUUGAAGAGGCUGAGAUUGAAGCAUCUUAUUGGAAGAAUGCUAUUGUUUGUAUUGUGUUGGGAGCUAAUCCUCCUUUCAAGGUUUUUGAGGGGUUUGUUAACAGGGUAUGGGGGAAACUUGGGAUUGAGAAAGUGGCCAGGAUGAAUUCGGGGUUUACGCUAGUGAAAUUCAGAGACGAAGCUACUCGUGAUCUAAUUUUAGAGACUGGUGUUAUUCAUUUUGACAAAAAACCAGUGGUCCUCCGACCUUGGACAACCGACAUGGAUGCAGCCAGAAUGAUUAAAUCGGUUCCAGUGUGGAUACGGCUGAAUGGGCUGGGGCUUCAAUAUUGGGGCAAAACCAAUCUCAGUGCCCUUGUGAGUACAAUUGGGACACCGAUAAUGGUGGACAAAGUCACUAUGGAAAGAUCUAUGGUUAAGUUUGCUCGGGUUCUUGUGGAUAUGGUGAUCUCCGAUAACCCCCCAAAGACUAUUUCGUUCAUAAAUGAGAGAAAACAGUUAGUAGAACAAUCGGUAGAAUAUGAAUGGCUUCCAACGAAGUGCACUGCUUGUGAUUUGCUAGGACAUACAGUGGCGAACUGUAACAAAGAAAACAAGGUGACUUGGAAGAAGAAGACUAGUACAGCUGCUAAUAAAGAACCUGAUGAACCAAUUGGGGGAGUUUCCCAACCGAUAGUGAAUGAGACAGUAAGAACUGAUAGGACUAUGGCAACCAUUGAGAAUGAGCAGGUGGAAAAAGGACAGAAACAGGGGUCAAUGCAGGGUAUUGGUGCUGUAAACAGUGAAUGGAUGACUCCAAAAAGAAAAGGAAUGAAGAUUGCUAAUGUAGUUGAGACAAGAGCUAUAGAGAAUUUCAAAAAUGGAUAUGAAGUCUUACAAGAGACUAUCGAUGGGAACUCGGAUCCGCCUAUUUCCAUUACUUUUAAUGGAGGUGUGUAA